AUGACGUCCACGAAGCCGACGCUCGUCGCGAGAGCGACUGAUACCGACACCAUUACGACACUGGCUAUGUCCAGCCAGUUCACGCCCCCCGCUUCAUGCUCGAGCUCGUGGACCUUCGAACCAUCAGGAGCAAAUGGAAUAUCGAACGGUUUGCUCUUGCAGAAUGCGCAUGCCAGCGACGGUGCCGAUCCAAGCUGUUUCCCGUCUGGGUACAGCCAGUACGAGAGAAAUGAACCUACCAUUGUUUACAGCCCUGGGUUUUGCCCGACUGGUUACACUUCCGCCGAUCUAGUCAUUCACGGCCCAACUACUACUGCUAUCUGCUGUCUAUCUGACUUCAAAUAUCUUACUAUUCCCACGAGAGGCACCACUUUUGCCGGGUGUACAAGCAUGUUCCCCAGCUCAAGUUCAACCAUUGUCACCGUGCGCCAAGUCACCACCGAAAGCACGCAGGUCUCCGGCCCGAUUACCAUGUGGGCGCAGCCCAUCCAGGUACAACUGCAAGAGUCAGACUCCAGUCUGUUUGUCACUGCGACCACCACAUCCGGCUCAACAUCCGCCACCGCAACAGGAACAACAAGCUCAUCGCCAACCGCAACAGACGGUUCGGGCUCAGGCGACUCAUCAGACUCAGGGUCAGGCGGCUUGUCAACGGGAGCCAGUAUCGGCAUCGGUGUCGGUGUCGGCGUAGGAGCCCUAAUUGUCAUCGCCGGCCUGGCCUUCUGGUUCUUCCGUCGGCGCCAGGCACAGAAGAGCACCGCUUCAAACCCCCCAUACGUCUCUGUCAACCCGGAACCAAGUGAACUCGGCGGCAGCUCCCAGGUUGCGCCAUCAAGCACACCUGGCCACACGACGAUGUCUGAAUUGGACGGGUCGAAUGGCCCCAAGCCUCUACACGAACUUGCAUAG